AUGCAGCUACAGGAAGAUGGAGAUAACUUCAUCCCCUUUGCUAAGCGUUCCAGAGUGGUCAGCCGAUCUCCACCUCCCAGCUUGCCCUCCCAGAGCCUCAGACCAAUACCCCACAAUACCCAGCAUUAUGGAGAUCUCUUCUGGAAGAACAUUAGUCAAAGGCCCAGCCCCACCUGGAUGGAGGAACAAUACAUUCCACCCGUGCUGAGAGCUGCUGGUUGCUCCCAGCUUGGCAUAUACCCUCCUGAGAGGCUCCCACCUCCUGAGAUGCUUUGCAGAAGAAAGAGGAGGCCACAUUUGAAGGGACUGCAGCAAGGACCUGGGGGCAUCCCUGCCCGGGUAAGGGCUGUCACUUAUCACCUGGAGGACCUAAGAAGGCGCCAGAGAACCAUCAAUGAAUUGAAGAAGGCCCAGUGGGGCAGCUCUGGGGCUGCAUCUGAGCCUCUGGUGACUGAAGAAGAGGGCUGCGGAUCCCCCAGAACCACUGAGUACCCUGAUCUAGAAGAGGAGAGGGCAACCUAUCCACAGGAAGAGGACCAUUUUCUCUUUCCUGGCAGGGCCCAGCUGCUUUGGUCUCCCUGGAGUCCCCUGGGCCAGGAGGAAGCUUGCUUCUCCAGGCGGCUGAGCUCUCUGGCUUCCUUCAGCACUGUCACAGCCAGGAGGAAUCCUCUUUACAAUCAUCCCUGGGGGAUGGAGUUGGAGACUGAGGAGUAAGGAGAAACCAUUCCUUGUCAAAGAUGCCUCAGCGACCCAGAACUAGUUGUCACUAGAAACUGCUGACAUGAAGGCAUUUCCCCUUCCUAAGCCACUCUAACUGCCUUUCCAAUCCUCCGAACUAGACAUUACAGCCCCCUUGGGCUCCCAUCUCAACUCACCCCUCUCACAGGAACUUCCCAAGUCCUGUUUUCCUCUAGGCCCUGCUCCUGGCCUUGUGUUCUCUCUGUUCUGU